AUGGCUGCCCGUACAUUGAGCAGCUGCGGGCCGAUCAACGAUGCGGCUUACGAUGCUGGCAAGUGGCUCGCGACAGCGCACGGCGACGGUGCGGUGCGCAUCUGGAGCUCUGGUGAGCUGGUCGCAGAGCUCUUGGGCCACAAGGCGGCGGUGCUCUGCCUCUCCUGGGCUCCGGCAAGCUCCGGCGCCUCGACGUUGGCCUCCGGGGCCGCGGAUGGACAGGUCGUGCUCUGGCGAGAAGUCCGUCCGGGCGAGUGGCAGAACGUCUAUCAGAAGUUCGUGACGGGUGCCGUCAAGGCUUUGGCCUUCUCGGACCCAGUGCCCCAGUUGAUCCUGGCCAUCGGCGGCGGGGACGAGCUGGGGGUGCUGACCUUCCUGGUCGAAACGAGACGAGGCACUUCCGGCGGCGAACAGUGGCAGGUGAAGAGCGUGCCGGCGCACGGCGGUGGCGUCCUCUCACUUAGCUGGGCGCCGGCGGCAUCUCCCCUCGUCUUGGCCACAGGCCCCGCCGUCGCCCGCGCCGGCCUGGGCCGGGGCCUGGCACCCGCACGGCGCUUGGCCACUGCCGGGCGCGACGGCCGACUCCUGACUUGGCGCGUUGACUCCCGCGGAGAGAACGUCACGCAAGAGCUGGUGCUCGAUGACGGGAAUGGCGGUGGCGUCGUCGGGCGCCCAGCAUUGGUGGGGAGGGGGAGGUUCAGGUUAGCUCUCGCCAUAUCGGCGUGA